UCGCAAUGAAGAAAUAUUCUGCAUGUUAACGCGGCUGUCUGUGGCUCGUCUGGAACUAAGUAGUCAGCAUCUCGUGUUUCUACACGGAGGGAAACAGCCGAAGCCAAGUUAGCCAACGAAAAUACUAAGAACAUGGCGUUCAACUUUGGCGGUGGUGCUACCAAUACUGCAAGCUCUUCGGGAUUUUCAUUUGGUUCAUUUGCUGCCAAAACAACAGCCUCUACUGGUUUUGGCUUUGGCACCACCACCACCACCACCGCCACUUCAUCUGGAUUUGGUAGUCUUGCGGCGCCUGGGUUUGGGGCUGCCACCACGACGGCUCCCUCUACUGGCUUUGGCUUCGGCGCCACGGCAACAGGAUUUGGGGGGCUGGGACCCGCCAGCACCACCUCUGGUGGGUUUAGUUUUGGGGGUUUUGGAUUAAAUUCGAAUGCGGCAGCUCUCAGCUUUAAUGUGGGCAAUUUUGGGGCAUCCACCAGUGCAGCCACAGUUUUCAGUUUUGGGAAUAGCCUGGGUAGCGCAGGUGCGUUCGGAGGCUUUGGGACGGCCACUACCUCUGCUGCCCCGGGGUCUUCUUUCAGUUUCGCUGCUCCCUCAAACACAGGGGGUCUGUUUGGAAACACUCAGAAUAAGGGCUUUGGCUUCUCGAGUCUGGGGCCUGGUACCACUGCCGCGACGGGCUUUGGCACCGGCCUCGGAACUGGCCUAGGGUUUGGGUUCAACCUCCAGCCCCAACAACAACAGGGGGGAUUAUUCGGGCAGCAGGCCCAGUUGCCUGCCCAGUCCAACCAGCUGAUCAACACGGCCAGCGCCCUGUCUGCACCCACUCUGCUGGGGGACGAGCGUGAUGCCAUCCUGGCCAAGUGGAACCAGCUCCAGGCCUUCUGGGGCACGGGCAAGGGCUACUUCAACAGCAACAUCCCGCCUGUCGAGUUCACCCAGGAGAACCCCUUCUGCAGGUUCAAGGCGGUGGGGUACUGCUGUGCCCCGGGCUGUAAGGACGAGGACGGCCUGGUGGUUCUGGCUCUGAAUAAGAAGGAGGUGGACGUGCGGGCUCAGCAGCAGCAGCUGGUGGAGUCUCUGCACAAGGUGCUGGGAGGUCACCAGAUCCUCACCGUCAACGUGGAGGGGGUCAAAGCCCUGCCCGACGACCAGACGGAGGUGAUCAUAUACGUGGUGGAGCGCUCCCUGAACGGCACCUCCAAGAGGAUUCCCGCCACCACGCUCUUCAGCUACGUGGAGCAGAUCAACAUCAAGACGCAGCUGCAGCAGCUGGGCGUGGUCAUGUCCGUCGCCCGCACUGAGCUCUCGCCUGCACAGCACAAGCAGCUGCUGCAGAACGCACCCGCCGGUGUGGAUCCAAUUAUAUGGGAACAGGCGAAGGUUGACAACCCCGAUCCUGAAAAGUUGAUUCCAGUUCCGAUGGUCGGUUUUAAAGAACUACUGCGCAGACUCAAGAUCCAGGACCAGAUGACCAAGCAGCACCAGACGCGUGUUGAUAUAAUCUCCAACGACAUAAGUGAAUUACAGAAGAAUCAGGCUACGACGGUGGCCAAGAUCGCACAGUACAAGAGGAAGCUGAUGGACCUUUCUCACAGAGUGCUACAGGUGCUGAUUAAGCAGGAGAUCCAGAGGAAGAGUGGAUACGCCAUCCAGGUGGAUGAGGAACACCUGCGGGUUCAGCUGGACACCAUCCAGUCCGAGCUCAACGCCCCCACACAGUUUAAGGGCCGUCUGAACGAGCUCAUGUCUCAGAUCCGGAUGCAGAACCACUUCGGGGCGGUCCGGUCCGAGGAGCGCUACAGUGUGGACGCCGAGCUGCUGCGUGAGAUCAAGCAGCACCUGAAGCAGCAGCAGGAGGGGCUGAGCCACCUGAUCGGCGUCGUCAAGGACGACGUGGAGGACAUCAAGCUGAUCGAGCACGGUCUCCACGACAACGUGCACAUUAGGGGCGGCCUCCUCAGCUGACCUCCCCGUGGGCCCCCCCCCCCCGUCCCAUCGCUGGACUGUGCCUACCCACAAUGCAUCUGUGUCACGCUCCUGCUGCAGCCCAACGAGCAUCACACCACGGCCCAACCGUCGAUCGCCGUGGUGACGGGAGGCCUCUGACCAGCACUUUAAAUCAGUCACAGGUGUAGGCCAAGACUGGAGCGCUGUGCAGACAGGGUUAGGUUUUAAAGUGCGCAAGCAUCAACAUCUGUAAAUAUGCAUUUUUAUGAAUAUUUUUUGGUAAUGUUUUGUAUUCUGGGUUUAGUGUAUGAGUAAGCCCAAAGUUAUUAAAUAAAGUUUCAUUUAAGAGCUGCUCCCAUUUAUCUGCAA